AUGGGCAACGCGCAAAGCCUUCUUUCUCCCCACGCUGCUCUCGCGGCGUUGGUCGUCGCAGGCGCCGCGUACGGCUAUGCGCUGUACACCAAGCCCCUGCCGCCGCCCCCAGCAGACGCCGAUUCCGCAACAGGAGUUAACAAAGCGAAGAAGAAGAAGAAAAAGGCGGGCGCGGCGCCCGAGGACGUAGCUGAGGCGAGCCCCACAGUCGUAUCCUUCCCGACCGUCAUCCCAGGCGACUUCGAGCCCCCCUCGACCGCUCCGGAGACCGAGCCGUCCUCGAAACCUGCGAAGGCGAAGAAGAAGAAGGGGAAGAAGGCGAGUACGCCCGUCGGCGGUGGGCGGACCGUACCCGUUGAUACGCUGUCCGAGUCCUCCGCCACCGCGCCGGAGUCCAACGUCUCCGCGCCCGUGCGUCCGUUGGGUUCGAAGGCGAAGAAAACGGGGGCAAGGGCGCCUUCUAUCCCUGUCGGCGCAGAGGAACAGUGGACGCGCGUGGAGACGCGCAGGCGGAACACACCGCAGCAGGCACCGAAGAUAGAAGAGGGUGCAGAGGCCGGGACGGGUGUACAGCUGGAGGUAUCGACCAGCGAUGCGGGGAUUACGACGAGUACCUCAUCGCUUGUUGCGGAUCGCACAGAGGACGAGGUCCCUGGGCGCGAGCGGCGACGGACGCUCGCCGAGAAGGUCCAGCCGAAGUCGCGAAGGACGGGCGUUGACGAUAUGCUCGAGACGCCCGACCAUCCUACGAUGGCGACAGUGGUGCGAAUCCAGCCCGGGCCAGACGAGAAGCCUGCGGCAGGGUUCUCGUGGGCCGACUACGAGGACGUGGAUGACUCGCGGGGGACUGCAGACGAUGCAGACGGCGAGGACGACGGCGGUUGGGGCAUCGUGAAGGGCCGUGGUCGGUCAAAAACCAACAAGAGCCCCGGCACCUCUCAGCAGUUGCCCCCGCAUACAGCGCUUGAAACAAUGACGAAGAAGCAGCGACAAAAUGCCGCGCGGCGCGAGGCGCAGAAGUCCGCCAAGGUAGAUGCGGAGGAGGAGCGGCAGGCGCGCCUGGCGCUGCACAAGCGGGAGCUCGAGCGCGCCAAGAUCGCGGAGCAGUACAGCAAUUCGGGCAAAACCACGAGCGGAGGCAUGACCGCCUUCGUCGACGAGAACGGGAAGUUGGUGUGGAAAUGA